AUGACUCGUCCUGGGACAAAAUACCGCCAUUUUUGCAUGACGAAACCAUCAGUUCCUGGACGGCAGAGAAAUGUAUCGCUUGACAGUCCGAAUACAACCUUUCUAUCAAGUCAUUUACAUUCAUCCGAGAUCACACAGGGGAAGCCCAAUGAAGAGCAGCUUGGGAAACCUGGAGUUCCCGGAUUUGUAUCGACUUCCCCCAAAAUCUCGCCUGGAACAGAUAAAGGCUGGAUAGUUCCGUCUACAUCUAGUUUUACCAUAGCAGCCCACUACCUUGAGGUCCUAUAUGCGUCUUAUUCACAUUACAAGGACCUCAUCUUCAACUAUCUUGACCGCAGCCGAUCUUUCGUCAUCCCCCGGCCUUUAUUAUUCGAGCUGUUCUCGACUCUGUAUGAUGAUAUAAAAGCAGGGGUAGAUCUUUACGCUGGCUUAACCCAGAACACACGCAAGUCCCUUCCCCCCAUAUCUGUAAAUACCACUGUAGAAGAAUUUUGUGGGUGGUUCAGAGGAGUCAAUCUUCGAUGGGAACUUCUUGGGGUUGUUUUCGCCCUUGCGGGUCUCGCUUCAGUUCAUACUGCUGAGCCACAGAAGCCACUUGGCUAUGAAUCCUUUGCUACGAAUAUGUACACAGCCAGCAGAGCAUGUAUCGAGAUAUGUGAAGAAUUUAACCAGUUGAACGACAUGACCACUUGGAUGCGGCAUACAAAUGUUGCUUUAGCAUCAAACGUGUUUGGGGAUACAAGCAGUAUCCUAUAUCGUUGCUUCAGCUCAUUAACUGCGGAGCUAUUCACUUUGAGAUAUCACCGCCAGAUAUCAUUACAGUCUGAUGUACCUUUCUUCAUGUCUGAAACUCGCAAGAGGCUCUUUGCUGCAGCAGUUUGUCGAGACAUGAACCUUGCAACACUCCUUGAAAGGCCACCAUUCAUUGACUGUAACUUCUGUGAUAUAAUAUAUCCACUCGAUCUGGAUGAAGAAGAGAUAGUGCUGGUUGGAAGUGAGCUUAAUGCAGCCCUAGAAAAAUUGGAUGAGGACGGUUGGAAGAUCUCCUUUGAGAGAGAAAAAUUACUUCGACCAGCAACAGGAAUACGAAUUCGUUUUGCAUUAUCAAGCCUUCGAGCCAAGAUACUACGACUAUCACUAGGAAACCGGAGGGAAUGCAUGACCAAGCAGCACCUAGAGUUAUACCAAGAGUACGAAAAUAUCUGGGCUAGAGUCCCAAUGCAAUACCGCUAUAGGAGUGAUGUCUGGGACUACCUGAGCCCGAGAUCAUGUGUUGUGCUCUUGAGUGCUCAUUUAGAUCAUCUUCACUGUGGCUUUCAGAUCCUACGAAUGCUCCAACAGGAAGGCCAAGACACACUUACCACUAUUCUGGAUACUUCAAUGAGACUGCUCUCAGGCAUGCUUGACUUGAUGAAGCAACAAGAGCGAUUUAUUGAGUUGCGAGAGAGGUUCACAUGGAUCUUUCUGUUCUAUGGUCUUCCUGGUGCCGGUACUCUCGCAACGGAACUUCACCAACACACGCUUAAGGGACUCCCUUUGCCUUCUUCUAUUCCUUGUUCCCGUAUAGUCCGUGAUUUGAGUGUUGCAAUCUCGUGGGUUGAGAAACAGAACUCACGAAACCGCUCCGAUUACCAGCUAUGUCUUCAAAUAAGCAAGGUGAUCAGUCGACUUUUAGAUGAUACUCUGAAUCAGGGUCUAAUCUCAGCGAGAGAUACCAAUAGUCAAUUGGAGAAGGUGCAGCCAGAACAGCAGGUGGCAGAAGGUUUUCACAUUGACCGAUCUUCGGAUGGUUCGGAUGAGUCUCAGUCAUUACCUGAGCCAUUUACUAGCGAGGACUUCCUCAAUUGGAUUGACGAUCUGGUAUGGGAUGGACAAACUAACAUUAGUAUGGGAUUUUGA